AUGGCUUCAGAUCUGCCUUCGUCCAACCCUUUCAGGAGGAAAGGGCAUUCAGCAGCUGCUGCCCCUCCAGCUCCCGCCGCCCCAGAAAACCCCUCCUUCGAGCAAAUCAGCUAUAAACAAGUAGAUUCCCCGCCAUGGUCAGGACCACCAGCAAUCGAUGCACCGAAGAAGAUCACGAAGAAAGUACGAGUGCAAUCACCUCCACCGCUAUCGCCGUCAAUACUAGACUUGGCGUCUACUACAAGGCAGGAGAGGUUCCCAGAUUCCGCCUCUGCACAACCGCCAGCGCCGAUCCCACGAGAUGUAGACCCCUUCUAUAGCAUAGCAUCGGACACAUCUGAAGAUGAAGCAAGCAGCUGGCCCAGCAGGGUCCCAGCGAACCCCUUUUCAAAGACAUUGGAGACGAUGGAGCGGCCCGGAGGGCUCUCCGGACGGGAGAUCCCUACGGUACCACCAACGAAUGUAUCAAGUCCCGGAAGGGCAUCUCUGGAUGUGGCGGCAUUCAAAAGGUUACUGAUGACUGGGAAUGCGGGUUUGGGAAUAUCUACAACAGCUCCGCCGACCCAGGCACAUGUGGCCCAGCAUGCGUUGGGCGAUGGAGGCAGCAGUACGGAUGCGUCGUCAGUAUCAAGACAGUCCAUGUUCGAAGCAAUACAGGAGACACAUGCCGAAUCACCUCGCACAUCUCACGAGAUAUCAGAUCCGGAUGACGAUCGAAGAGGGUUAGCAACAGAGACGCAGUCCUCAACUUCCGGCAGAAAGAAGCCUCCUCCGCCCAGUUCGAGACAUGGAAAAUCGAUCAAGGUCGAACUGAGAGACGAACCUACAGCAAGUAAUGUGCAACCACCGUCUACGCCAGGCUCUAUCACAUCCCAGAACUAUUUCCCUUUGAGUCCAGUGAACUCCAACCGUUCCCAAACUGAUCUCAACAAGCCGCUACCUCCUGCUCCAAAUAGAGCCAGCCAUGAUUCGGAUCAAGAAUCUGUUUUUGACAAAGAAUCAGCUGGGAGAACGCCCGAACCUCCAUCGCCAUCAUCAUCGAUAAGAAAGAAGACACCUCCAGCACCUCCUCUCGCCCGACGUCAUAGCCAACUGGUGUCAGAUUCCAAGUUGACUCGGAGUGGUUCGGGUAGAUUGUCUCCUAGAGUCGAGGAAGAUAAUGUAAGUAUUGCCGGAUCAGAAUACUCUGGCAGAGAACGUUCGAAUAGUGGCAGAGUACCUCCUCCGCCCCCGUCUAGGCGCCCACCAUCAAUACGUGACUCUUCACAACACCUGCCAGUAUCACCUCCUUCCGCAACCUCAAUACCUACUCCUCCACCAGCGCGAGGGUCGUCAAGGCUUUCAAUGCCUGGUAGACUCCCUUCUCUCUCCAGUCUAGAUCUACCAACAAGCAACAAACGCGCAUCCGUUGUGCCACCGCCACCACCACCACAUCGUCCUGGUUGGGAAACACCAACUCAAACUCAGUCACCAGGAGCUUUACGAAGAGCUAGUGGUGAGAAAACGAUGCGUAGUAUAGAUAGUGCGCGACCGCGACGGGAUUCCGAGACCUCGUCUGUCUCACAAGUGGAAAGAAUCGAGAGCAACCCAGGGAGUGAUAAUAUCCUAGCAGAUCUCAGUGCUCUGCAACGCGAGAUUGAUGCACUUCGCAGCCAAUCCGCGGGCGAGAGGGUCACAUGA